UUUUCUUCGAAAGUACAAAUAGAAACAGGAAAUAAGCAACCACACGCGUAAACAGCCGGCUGAGAGCGUAACGAAGAGAGAUCACCCUCUCGUUCUUUUCUUUCAUACAGCAUGGUCCAAACGCGGCCACACAGAUACGUCAAAGAUCAAAGAAUAGCUGCCACCGCUAUGGAUCCUCGAUCUUCCUAUUUCCAUCACACAAAGUACGCCAAUCCUCCUUCUCCUACUCUUCCUCUUCCUCUUCCUCUUCCCCACCCUCAACCUUCUCUUUACCGUAACAACCUUAAUAUUCAUGGCCAUAUUAACUUCCCUGCACCACCGCCGCCACAUCCACAACAACUUCGUCCACCACAAACACCACAAUUCUCCCCUCGGAACCCUCAAUUCUCCUAUAACCAUAGCCCUAAUCAUCCCCAAAUCCACGAUAACUAUCACCACCAGCUGUCGCGCCAUGACCUCACUCACUUCACUCCAUUGCCUAGGGUUUCUCAUCAAUUCAACGACGACCGUCAGCCGCCGCGUCGUUUACCCGAAUCCGACCACCGUGUUCAUGAACCCCGACCUGAUUUUAGGGUUCUGCGUCAUGAUCGGCAAACUAGGCAUGAAUUGGAAGGUAAUCCCAAUCCUAAUUCCAGACUUAUUCAGGACCGUAAUAUCGUGAUUGAUCGUGAGAGCGAGCAUUAUCAUAUUCGUGGUGAAUUUGGAUCGAAUUCUGAUAGAUCUUCUACUGGCGAUUUUCGAACUGUAUCGAAUCAAGUGAGGGGUUUUGAGUCAAAUUCGGGGAAUUAUGAGAAUAGACGUCGUUUGAAUUAUGAUUAUCAUGAUAAGGGGAGUGAGAAUCAGAGUUGGUUUCGUGACAGAGAGGUCGUGAGAGAACCGCGUGAUGCAUCGAUUGAAUUUGGUAGUAAUGAGAUUGAUGAUGGUGAAACUAGGAUUGCUACUGGGAAACGUGAGCAUUAUAGGAGUAGAGAAGGGAAUUUGGAGGUGGAAAGGUAUGGUGGUAAAAGAAGUAGAGAGGGUAGUUAUGAGUUCAAUAGGACUCCUAGGAAGCAGGUACAGAAAAAGAGUGCUCUACUUAGGAUUCAACAGCCUAGUUACAGGAAUAGAGAGGAUGAGAGAUUGCCUUACUCAGGUUAUGUUGAUGAUACCAAAUCUAGUUCUUUUAGAGGUAAAGAUCAGGAAUCUGGUUUUUUUAGAGGUAAAGAUAAAGAUAAGGUUAUACACCCAGAUCGUGGGAUGGGAGAGGGAGAAAGAGAGGGAAGCCCAGUAGAGCUUGAUGUGUCUUUUAAGUCUAAUUCAUUGGUAGCCAAGGCAAUUUUGACGCCUUCUUCAUCUACAGUGGGUGCUUCUGAAACGAUUUUGACACCUAGGAAUAGUAAAGUUAGGAAAGUGCUGGUCCCUGCUAAGGAUAAGGACAGUAUUAAUUCAUCGAUGAAUAAACCCAGCAAGGUUGCAGUAGAAGUGGGCAAAGGUGCAAGUGUUGCAAGUAAAGCUUCCAGUUCUGACAAGGAUCUAAAGAAGACCAGAGAGAGAGUUAUAGCUUCUGGUAUUACUAAUGUGCGAGAUAGUAGUUCACUGCCUCUAAAGAAUAGAGUGGAGAUGCCUAUGAAGAGGACUGUGGCUGUUAGAAUUGGAACGCCUGGUAAAAUAUCUUCACUCAGUGGAAAGAAGAAAAAAGUUGUCAAGAGAGUAGUGAAGAAAGUUGUAAGCCAUAAUUCAACUUUAUCUAGUUCACAUCCAACAAAAACUCGUGAUGAACCUGUGAAAGGAGAUAGCUUUGCCCAUACUCCAGCUGAACCCCGUGACACUGACAAGGCUGCAACUGUGGCUGAUGUUGAUUCACAGCCUUGUCCAAUUGAAGCUACAGUGAUACCUGAGAAUGACAGGGUGGAUAGAUUUGAAAAGUUUAUGGAAUCAGGGCAGGCUGGCGCCGGAGCAGAUUCUGGCAAUUUAUUUGCAUAUAAUACAAGUGGAAAGAAGAGCUGCUCACGUUCUCCCUUGGGCUCUUCAAAUCACAACGAAACCAAAUUUGGUGAGAUUUUUGUAAAUGGUGAUUGUGCCAAAGCCUUGCAUGCUAUCCCAAAUAUUGACAACAGUUUAACAAAAUCUCUGGAUGAAAUUAUUAGCUCUAAUAUUGGUGGUGUUGAAGAUGUCAGCAAACAGCCUUGUCAGAAUGGAGAUUCUUGCUUACUUGAGAACAGUGCAGUGAGGGGAUCUCUCAAGGUUAUGGAUUCUAUUGAGGGCAAUACUGAUUUUGGUUUAUUAAGUUUAGAAAAAACGAUAAUUCAUGAGGAUCCUAAGUAUUCAUGUAUCCCUGUGAUGGGUUUAGAUGUUGCUUCAAUCAACUCACAACAGAGAAUUACGGUUUCUGACAAGGGGAAAUCUGAUGUUGGUUGCAAGGAGCCCUGUAGAAAUCAGGGUAGCUCAUUAGCUGAGAGUGGCAUCACUGAUUUCAUUCAGGGUGCUAGUUUCCCUGUAGGAAGCAAUGAAAUUUCUGCUGCAUCCAUUUCAGGGGAAACAGGAAGUCAGAAUGCUGUCAUACGCCUCAAUCAGGGAGUGGGGACCAUUUUGGGUUCACCAAACUGCUUUACUAACAUAGAAGAAAUUGAUAUCUCCGGCCAUGGAACUAGUGAUGGUAUGGGUGAGAAGCUAUCUCAAGAUGGGGCUGCUAAAAUAAUGGAGAGUGAACCCAUCAGAGGUUCUCUAGACACCAAGGUUUCUACAAGUGGCAGCGAGGAGGAUGCAAAUGACACUAAGAAGAACGAUAAAAAAAUUGAAAUGCCUCAGUCAGAUUUAUCAAGGACAGAUGUACCUGACAUGCAUUUGGAGCCUGCAAAUAUGGUCACCAGUACCACUGCACAUUGGGUGGACACAACUUUGAGAUUAUGUUUUGAAGAUGAUGGUACAGCUCAGUGUACAUUUUCUGGUGCUGAAUUUGUGGAUGCUGGCUCACAAUCCUGUAGUAAUGUAGUCAGUGUUCUUCAUGAGGGCAGUUUAACAGAUGUUUCAGCGGCUAAGGUUUCUAUCAGGAGCAGUGCUGAUGGUGGUCAAAGAGGGGUAUCACAAAGGAAUGAAAAGAAUAGAAAGUCCUUUGCUCCUCAACUGGAAUUGUGUUCUCCAGUAGAAUCUGAUGCUGAUGAGGGACCUGUAUUUGCAGGUAACUCUACAUCGGGUAUGGAAGUGCCAUCCAAUUCUGGUGAUAGUCUAACACUGCCAAAAGGGGAAGUUGUAGUGUCUGAUAUGGAUUCUCUGUGUACUUCUGAUUUGCUAUUGGCGCGGAAGGGGAUCACUGCGAUGCUUGAAAAUGGUUCAGCAGGGGAGCAUUUAAGCUCUGUGGCUUCUGUCAAAGAUGCAUUUGAAGUUGAUGGUCUAAAAGAUGUUCAAUCUCAUUUGGCUGUUGAGGAACUGGCAGUUAAAAAAGUGACAUCACAUAGUCUAUUUGUAUCGGUAGGCGAGGACAACAUAAACACCACUCCAGUUAUGGUUGGAGGUAGGAAUCAAAAUGAUUCCAUGGAUAUUGAUGCUGUUGAGGGAGCCAAAGUGGACAUUGAUGCUGCAGAAGAGCAAGUCGGUAUUGAGAGUGUGACUGAUCAUUGCCAAAUCCCUUCAAAACUUCAGACCCAGUACUUGGAUGGAAAUAUGCCCAGUAUAGAUGUGGAUGAUGGUGGGUUUCAUGGUGCAAAGAAUGAUUCGCCUGGUAUGUCAAACAAUCCAUCUUCAUUUGGAGAUGGCUGUGCAAAGAAUGAUUGGCCUGGUAUGUCAAACAAUCCAUCUUCAUUUGGAGAUGGCUUUGGAGUUUCUUUUACCAAUUCCGGUGAUGAACUUAUGGAGAUUGUACCUGAGACACUGUCUGAUAGGGGUUCUCCAGAAACUUUGCCUGAUGUCAUGGGCACAUCCCUCAGCAAAAAUUCAGUUGAAAAGAUUCAUGAGAAUGAUGAUAAAAUUCCAGCUGAGAGGCCUGUAAUCAAUGUUGGUUCUGACUCAUCUAUGAGUAUUUCAAGUUCACGAAAUGCUAAAGUUGUUUUAAAUUUGGAUCAUGCAGUGGAACGUGAUCAGUUGUUGACUGGGAAUACAGGGCAUUUGCCUUCACAGGAUUCCAAAAUUACAACUCAGAUGCCAAAUGCCAAGAGUGGGGAUUUAUAUGGAAAGAAGAACCAUAGUAGUAAUCCUAUUUCUAAGAUUUAUUCAGGUCGCUCAUCUUUUGUUUUUACUGCUUCAAAGAGUUCAGCUUCUUCAUCUCGCAUAUCAAAAACUCGAACAUGGCAUCGAAAUGAUAAUUGCUCUGAUUCUGCUCCGCCAUCAAACAAGGCUUUCUCGAGCACUGUUCCUGUGCAAAGGCAAUUUCCUAGAAAAGCCGAUAAGUCCCAGCGCACCUCUUACAUUCGCAAGGGUAACAGUCUUGUCAGAAAGCCUACUUCAGUUGCUCAAUCCCCAGGUCCCCAUGCUUUGAGUUCUUCUGUAUAUCAGCUCACCUCUUCUGGUACUGAUGAACCAAAGAAGAGUGCUGGCUCUGACAGUAGAAUUGAUCUUGCUGAUCCUCUCAAUGUUUUGAGAACAGGAGGCCUGGAUGCUUCUUUUGAGAAACCGAGAACACAUUCACUAUCUAGUGUCUCUAAAAUAUCAAAUCAAGCAAGCAACUCUUUGGGGGUUCGUGCAUCUUCACCAUUAGCUGAGCAUCUUCACUCUCUUUGUACUGAAACUGUAACGGUCCCAGCAAAAUUGUUGGAAAGCAAUGACAUUCCAAAGUCUUCUGAUGACUUGUUGAAAAUUUCAGAAUCUCCAAUAACUCAAAAUAGCCAAAUUAGUAAUUUGGAAUGUCACAGUGAUCCAAAUGAUGGGAAUACCGUGGCUUUAGCAAAUGUUAAGAGCCUAACAUAUGUUAAGCGAAAAUCAAAUCAGUUGGUUGCAUCUUCAAAUCCUUGCGCAUCUUCUGUUCAAAAUGCUCAUAACACAUCAUCUGAUAGCUAUUACAAGAGGAGGAAAAAUCAGCUAAUUAGGACUUCACUGGAAAGUCAGAUCAAGCAGACAGCCAGCAUCCCUGAUGAAAGUUUAAAUUCAGAGGGACAAACUGCUCUUAACUCUUUCAGCAGAAAUUUUAGUAAGAGACGACUGCGUAAAGUUGUGACAAAGACUUGUAAACCUUCUAAGUUGUCUUUAGUCUGGACACUGCAUGGUGCACAGUUAUCAAAGGAUGAUGGUGAUUCGUCACGUUGUGGGAAGGUCUUGCCUCAUUUGUUUCCCUGGAAAAGAGCAGCCUAUAGGAGAAGUUCCUUUCCAAAUUCAUCUUCCAUUUCUGAUCAUAGUUCCUUAUCUACAAUUGGGUACAAUAACUGCAGGAAAUUGCUACUUUUGAGAAAGAGGAAUACAGAGUACACGAGGUCAAAACAUGGAUUUUCACUUAGAAAAUCCAAGGUAUUAAGUGUUGGUGGGUCUAGUUUAAAAUGGUCAAAAUCCAUUGAAAAGCACUCAAAGAAAGCCAAUGAGGAAGCUACCCUGGCUGUUGCUGCAGCAGAGAGAAAGAAAAGGGAACAGAGAGGUGCUGCACGCGUUGCUUGUCCACCAAAGAAUAGAAACAUUUCUCGUAAGUUUACUCAAAGAGAACGCAUUUUCCGUGUUGGUUCAGUACGCUACAAAAUGGAUUCUUCAAGGCGGACUCUUCAGAGGAUAUCAGAUGAUGAGUCAUCGUGCACCGAAGCCCUUCAAAAAGAAAAGGAUGCCAAGAAGCUGUAUAUUCCAAGGAGAUUAAUGAUUGGGAAAGAUGAAUAUGUUCGAAUUGGCAAUGGUAACCAGCUCAUAAGAGAUCCAAAGAAGCGAACUCGCAUUUUGGCCAGUGAAAAAGUACGAUGGAGUUUGCACACUGCAAGAUCACGAUUGGCCAGAAAGCGAAAGUACUGUCAAUUUUUCACAAGAUUUGGAAAAUGCAACAAAGAUGAUGGGAAAUGUCCCUUCAUUCAUGAUUCCUCCAAAAUUGCUGUCUGCACAAAGUUUUUGAAUGGUUUAUGUUUCAAUCCCGACUGCAAAUUGACUCAUAAGGUCAUUCCUGAAAGGAUGCCUGAUUGUUCUUACUUUUUGCAAGGCCUUUGUACCAAUAAAAACUGCCCUUAUAGACAUGUGCAUGUCAACCCAAAUGCUUCUACCUGCGAGGGAUUUCUCAGGGGCUAUUGUGCUGAUGGGAAUGAGUGUCCGAAGAAGCACAGCUAUGUCUGCCCCUCCUUUGAAGCAAUAGGAUCCUGUCCUCAAGGAUCCAAAUGCAAGCUACACCAUCCCAAAAACAGAACGAAGGAAAAGAAAAGCAAGCGAUCACGAGAGAACAAUGCACAAGGGCGAUAUUUUGGCUUGAUGCACAUCAAUGCCACUAAGACGAGAAAUGCAGUGCCUGGAAAGCUCUAUGUGCAAGAUAAUGAUACCAUUGGUUUUAAAGGAAUUGCUGAUUAUAUCAGCCUUGAUGUUAGUGAUGAAGAAGUGGUAGAAAAUAACAAUCCAGGUGAUCUGCAUACAGCAUUCGGUGAUAGUGACCCCUUGAACUUGCAAUUAGGUGAUCUUGAUAAGUUAAUUAAACCAGUCCGUAUAAUGAACAUCUAACGCCAAGAUCUUUGGUAGCUCAAUUUUUAAGCACCAAGCUUGUGCCACAGGAAGUCUGUUUGGUGUACAGGAGGCAAAUCAGGUUUUAUCACUCGGGUUUUCUGUCAUUGCAAAUGCCUUUUCGGUCAAUAGAAUAGCGUGGGAAAAGAUGGAAUGAUUUUGAUGAGCUUGCAACCUUCUUUGGUUGUGCAUAGGGUAUAUGUUAGCUCUUUAUUAGGAAAUUGGAAUAGGAACAGGAACAGGAUUAGGAACAGGAACAGGAAUACAGAUGCCUUGUGUUUUCUCUUCUUUUCUUUCAUUUAUAGUCUUUUUAUAGGAAUACAUAUUGUGGCUUCCUUUGUGUACAUGAUACGUUGUAAUAAUUCAUAAAUGAAAUGAUGCCAAGUUUUCGUCCU